UUGUAUAUGGCGUAUCUUUAAUCGCUAAAUUAUCGUUAUCACUAUCAAUGCUGAUAAACGGUGAUAAUGUUAUAAGGAAAGAAAGAAAAAAAGGUUGGACUUUUGGCGUGCGAAAAGAAUAUUUAAUUGAUUAAUAUUUCUUCAUAAAAUGGCAACCGGAGAUGACAGACGCGUGGCACUAAUCACGGGUAUCACUGGACAAGAUGGUUCCUAUUUGGCAGAAUUUUUAUUAGAAAAAGGAUACGAUGUGCAUGGUAUUAUUAGAAGAGCAAGUUCAUUUAACACCUCGCGUAUUCAGCAUUUGUAUGCGGAUCCUAAGUGUCAUCGUCAGGGUAAAAUGAAAUUACAUUAUGGAGACAUGACCGACUCGAGUAGUUUGGUAAAAGUAAUCAGUUCCGUGCAACCAACUGAGAUUUAUAAUCUUGCGGCUCAAAGUCACGUUAUGGUAAGCUUUGAAGUAAGCGAGUAUACCGCAGAAGUGGACGCAGUAGGUACCGUGAGAUUACUGGAUGCUAUAAGAACGUGUGGUUUAGAAAAGUCUGUAAGAUUUUAUCACGCGUCGACGUCUGAACUUUACGGCAGGGCAAUAGAGGUACCGCAGAACGAAAAAACUCCGUUUUAUCCACGUUCCCCGUAUGCAUGCGCCAAAUUGUAUAGCUUCUGGAUCGUAGUCAAUUAUAGAGAGGCCUACAAUAUAUUUGCUUGCAAUGGUAUAUUAUUCAAUCAUGAAAGUCCUAGAAGAGGGGAAAAUUUUGUAACUAGGAAGAUCACAAGAUCGAUAGCAAAGAUACAUUUAGGUUUGCAAGAUGUUCUUGAAUUGGGAAAUCUUGAUGCUAAAAGAGACUGGGGCCACGCCAAGGAUUAUGUAAAAGCAAUGUGGCUUAUGCUUCAGCAAUCAACGCCAGACGAUUAUGUUAUAGCAACGGGAGAGUCUCACAGUGUAAAAGAAUUUGUAGAGGCUGCAUUUCAGUACGUUGGACGUACGAUCAAGUGGGAAGGAGAGGGGAUAAACGAAACGGGAAAGGACGCAGAUAACGAAAAAGUAUUGGUACGGAUUAAUCCGAAAUAUUUUCGACCUACGGAAGUUGAUGUCCUCUUGGGUGAUGCGACUAAAGCAAAGGAAAAAUUUGGAUGGAAACCGACGAUUACGUUCGAGGCUUUAGUUAAAGAUAUGAUGGAUUCGGACCUAAAUCUAAUGAGAAAAAAUCCGAAUGCUUAGUGUCAUUUUAUUUUAAUCUAGAUAAUUACAUAAAGGUAUGAAAAACGUCCUAUAUAUUUGCAUAUUGUGAAAUAUAUGCAAUAGUUAGAUAUAAUAUAAAUAAUCCACACGCCGGUAUCACACACAUUACUACUGCAUUUCUACGAAGUAAGAAUAUUCAAAUUGUAAGGUAAGAAAUUUAUAGGAUUCUUUUCCAAGUAUUACAACAAAUUGUACAACAAACUAACUAGCAGGAACGAAUUGUUUAUAUACGAAGUACAUAGUUUUUAUAUAGAAUCUACGUAAUAUAAGAUACACAAACAUUCAUUUGAUAGGAAAAACGCUUUCUCUUUUAUCAAAUUUUGUAUGAGUCGCGAAUGCAUAUGUUUGCGUGGUUGCGUGGAUGCAUGGAACCGAUGAUGGUCGUUUUUAUAAAUCGAUUUGAUAGAGGUGAAGGCUUUUUGCGAGGCCUUUACAUAAACAUAGGCUAUUUUUUAUGAAAGCUUUACAUACAACCUGUAUGUACGCACAAAUGGUAGAAGAUAUGCUGUUUAUCACCAUUUUAUUAAUUGUCUUCCACCAAAGUAUAAUUGGCUUUCACGUCGUAGUUUAAUUUGUACCUAAUAUAUGUAAUUACAAUGUAACGUAUUGUAUACUGUAUGCUAGCUUUGUUAUACAUUUUAGCCUUUGUAUAUACAAGAAGAGGAAGAGCAACGCUACGAUCGAAGAAAUGGAACGCGUUCCCUCUCUCUCUCUCUCUCUCUCUCUCGAAUAAAUAGAAAUAAGAGAAAA